GUUCAGUAUUCGAGCAUUAUUCUACCGGUUUACACGUGUGGGUGAGUGGGUGUGUGGGUGUUUGGGUGAGUGUGCCUUCGAAUCAUCAUCAGGGAAUAAUAAUAAAAAUAAGUAGGUAGGUAACGAGUAUACACGCACGAUUUCCGUCGAAGAUGAGAAAAAAAAAAUAAAUUUAAAAAACAUCUGAUACGGGCCCUGAUACUGAAAACGAUCAUAAAAAUAAUUAUCACGAAUGAUGUUAUAUUAUAGGUUAUCCGUUCGGUCCUAAUGUCAAAUCCGCAACCGCCACCGUCCAUUAUAACAUAUACCGUUGUAAUACAAUACGAAUUAUUUUAACUCGUAGGUACCUAAUUAUAUUUCAAUAAUAAUACUAAUUAGUAAUUACCUACUAUAAGAGUGUAAGCUGUGACAAAAUGGAACCACCCGUAAAGAACUUGAAAUUUCCAAAAUCCGCGUGGUUUAUCGUAUGUAAUGAAAUGUGUGAAAGAUUUAACUACUCUGGACUUAGAACUAUCCUAGUGUUAUAUCUGUCAACGAUAUUAAAUUAUACCGACGAUGAGUCGACCAUGAUCUAUCAUAGCUUUAUAUUUCUAUCGUAUUUCAUGCCAUUGUUCGGUGCAAUAUUGGCCGACUCUUACUGGGGAAAAUUUAAAACUAUUAUACGACUGUCAAUAGUUUAUGCUCUUGGAAAUGUUAUCCUCACUGGAGCUUCGAUGGCCAACAGUUUUACUCUCGAAACUCAAAGAUUCAUUACCAUCGUCGGUCUAAUAUGUAUUGCGUUGGGCACAGGUGGUAUAAAACCGUGCUCUUACACGUUUGGCGGCGAACAAUUUCAAUUACCGGAGCAACAAGAUCAACUUUCCCAAUUUUUCAAAAGAUUUUUAAUAUCCGUUUACAUUGGAUCGUUGAUAUCUACGUUUUUAGCACCUGAGCUACGAAAAAGCGCACAGUGCUUUGGCAGGGACACGUGUUUUUCGAUGGCGUUCGGCUUACUAGCAGUGCUCAUGAUAACGGCCAUAGUUGUUUUUAUCCUCGGAAGAAAUCUGUACGUGAAAAGGAAACCGGAGAAUCAUGUGAUCUUCAAAACUUUUGGGUGCAUAUUUUACGGUGUUCGCAAAAAAAUCUUUUCAUCGACUUCCAGCGAGGCUCAUUGGCUGGAUAUCGCGUGCAACAAGUACUCGAAAACCGAGGUGUCCGACACAAAAGCGGCGCUGGAAGUGCUAUACACGUUAAUCGCUUAUCCGGUGUUUUGGGCGCUCUUCGAACAACAGGGCUCGCGGUGGACGUUGCAAGCGACUUUGAUGAACGGCAAAUUAGACGGCAUCAGUUGGGAAAUCAAACCCGACCAGAUGCAGACCGUUCACCCACUGCUCGCGCUUUUGUUGAUCAUCUCGUUCGACCGCGUCCUGUACCCGUUCUUGGCGAAGUUCGGCAUCCGACGACCGAUGCAAAAGCUCGUGUUCAGCACUUCCAUGGCUGCGCUGGCAUUUCUGCUCACCGCUAUUCUCCAGUAUAAAAUAUUCGGCGACAGCACUGUGAUACCGACUACCGAAGGACAGUUGGUUGUAUAUAACGGUUUUGACUGUAACGCUCGUUUGUUAAGUUCGUCAUUGCAAUUCGUGGGCCACAACGAUAUCGAUCCGCUGGGUUUUGCCAAAUUCAAGUACACGCCAAAUUCCGACGAAAGCGUCGUCAACAUAAAGCUGAAAUUGAACAAAUCGUGUGAUGCGUACGUUAACUACGACAAUCUGGAUACUAACGUGACCGUAUCGAGAGGAAAGUCAAUCUCAUAUUUUCUAACAUCCAGCAGUGCAAAUAAAGAAGUAAAAUUACGACGUAUAGAUCAUUACGACGAUUUCAAAAAGCCUAAAAAUGGACAUCCGAGUUUAAGAAUAAUAAUUGGCGAUGAUAUCGAGAAGAACGGGUCUCUUGCGCUGGUGCACGCCAGGAAAAAUCACUUGUCGUACAACAUAUCUUCGUUUACAAACGAAAAUUUCAUACAGGUGGCUUUCGGAAACUAUAAUUUAGUACACGGUGAAGGACGGAUCUCCUCGAAUAUAAAUCUCAUGCCGGCAACGAUAUAUACACUCGUCAUACGACGCAGCGGCGGUGACAGCAUGGAAUCGAAAUUGUACGCAACGGACGAAGGCAACUACUUGCACAUUUUAUGGCAGACACCGCAGUACCUGUGUAUGAUUCUCGCAGACGUGAUGUUUAUCGCCACGGCAAUUGAAUUUACGUUUACCCAAGCCCCGCCCAGGAUAAAAUCAUUCAUGUCAGCCUGUCUUGCGAUGACUCAUUCGGUCGGAAAUCUAUUGGUCGUUGUUGUUUCGGCUUUGUCCUUUCGCAAACAAGAACACGAAUAUCUAUUUUUCUCCGGACUCAUGCUGGCAGACACGUUGUUAUUGGCUUAUUUGAGUUAUAAUUACAAGUACAAAGUUUUCGAACAACGGUUAAACGACAGAAAUAACGACCACGACGACGUCGAUAACGUCGUGACAAAUCAAAGCGGACUUCAACUCGAAGAGAAGUGAUCAUGAAAUGCUCAAGUACAUGACUGCUUGCAUAUAGUGGUUGAUUUAAUAUAAUUACAAAUUGCAUCAUUGAUAAUUUUGUAUAUAUUUAUUAUUGUAAUUAUCUUUUGUAAAUAUAUUAUUUAUUUUCGAUUAUAGUUCAACGAGAUAGUAAAUAAUAUAUUAUACUGACAGAGUAAAAAUUAUAUCAAAUUAUAUCAUUAAUUAUCAAACCUUGGGUUAUGCUAAUGAUAUUUUAAAAACAUUAA